GGCCAAACAAUUCAUGGAAGAGUAAAUGAAAGUUAUGCCGUGUGUGGGUGGCCCUACAUACCCACCACUACCCACGCACAUUUACCGCUUUUCCCGAAGCUUUCGCCUUGAAGCUUUGUCAGCUGGCGCAAAGCUUUUUGGUUGGACGUAAGGAUGUGAGAACAUCCGGAAGGAGCGAGAACGAGAUGGCAGCGAGAGAGGACGAGAGGACUCGCUGGGGAACUCGCUGAAAUCGGCAGUGGAAAGUGGAGAGAGAGGUGCGGCGGAGGCAGAAGCAGAAGCAGCAGCAACAGCGGCAGCGCAGUUACAGUUAUUGGCAACAACAAAUACAUACACAUGCACAACACUCGCACAUCGCUAUCGAUAUCCGUAUCCAGAAGAGGUCCUUUCUAGAGGCAAAGGAAAAAGUGGACGCGACUCCUUGUCGGAUCGGGCUGGAGCAUGGAAAUUUGUCACUUGCGGUUCCCCGCUGGCCCAGUGACUUCUCGCCGGAGCUAGGAGCCAAGGGCAGGAAACUGCAGUGCAGCCGCAAGAACCCACAAAAGCACACACGCACACACUGACACACGGACACACUCACUACUCGCCCACUCGACCCAGGAUACAUGGAUGGCUCUGCUCGGGAUUAGGCAACUGCCAUAACACUGAAAACCGCCAUGGCACUGGUGCACACAUUCCUGGGCACCUGGGAGAUUGUGUGCUGCACCUUCGAGGGAAAGCGGGAGCUGUCCGGCCUGGAGGGCAUUAAAUUCAGAUUAGACGACACCAGCGACAUUACCUGGUACAAUGACCUGGUCAGUCCGCUGCCCGAGUCCAAGGACUGUGGCUCCUUCUGCGAAUCGGCCAGUGUGCUCUUCAGUUGCGAGACCUUCGACGUCCACGAGGUCAAUCCACGCCUCGUUUUCGGAGCCUUUGCCGGUCACAGCAUUGAGUUUAGCACCAACACCUUAACGCCGACCGAUACCCUAGUGCUCAGCUGCGAGAACUGGUAUGCUGUGGAGUGCAAGCGGCUGCAGGAUGGCCAGGCAGCUGGCCAGGAGAAGCAACUGAGCUUCGGCGAGGCCCUGCAGGAGUCCUACUUCAGCGAUGUGGUGGUGAAGAGCUCCGGCGGCCAGGAGUAUGCCCUGCAUGCCUCCAUACUGCGGCUGAACGGGUUCGAUUGCAGCAUGUGCGUGAACAGUGCCCCGCCAUCGGCGGCCAUCGUCUGCUCCCCGGCCAGGAGCUGUCACAGUGGACCGAAUACGCCGAAUCCCAUACGCAUCUCCGUGGCGCCGGCCAACGAUGAGGGGCAUGAGAAGUCCCUGCCGCGCCUCAAUCUCUCGCCCAUUUACCUGCAGCCGCCCUGUGACUUCCAGACCAUGCCGUCGGCCGGCUUGGGUGGCCAGCGGAUGCAUCAGUUUAGCAGCAGCUUCAAUUGCCUGAGCAACGGCAAUGCCGGCGAUUCGGAAGCGUCGGUGGUCAGGACCACUGGGCUGCUGAGCCUGGAGUGCGGCAGUGGCGGCGGCGGCGGCGGCGGCAUGUACCGCCUGCCACUCACCUCGCACUCGGAUUCGCAUCUGGAGACAUCACAGUCGCAUUGCAAGAACAUUUUCAACUUUUGCCAGGAUUUGAUGCUGCAGCCGACGCCCACGCCGUUGCCGCCAAGUGCGGGACUGGCCAUCUGCAGCAUCCGGAGGCCGCCGUUGUCGCCGUACCGCGCCCGCAGUCCAUCGCCCUUUCCCAGCUCCAUGGACACGCCGCCGUCGUCGCCGCUCACGCCCGUCGGCGUCCUGUGCAACCUGCCCACCUUCCUGCUGGGCCCCAUCCUGCACUGGCUGUACACGGAGUCGCUGCUCCCCGAUCUGGACGAGGAUGUGUGCGAGAAGCUGAUCGGCUUUGCCGAAUCUCAGCCCUCGCUGACCAAACUGGUGGAGCCGACCCGCAAGUACCUGCGACUAAUACGACUCAAAAAGUUUGUGGUCAACGUUACCAUGGACCUGCACGGCAUCCUCAACCGGGUUAUACAGUGCAUAAAUCCCGGCAACAUUACCCGCGAUCCAGCCCAGCUCUAUGCCACCUUUCAGGAUGCCUUGCGUGAAUGUGCCAUUGGCUGCGCCAAGGUGCUGCAAUUCUGUAACAUCUUCAUUACGGAUGCCACGCACAUGACACGAUAUCAAAAGAACGAGAUCGUCAAGUACAUACGAACCCGCAUACCCAUAUUCAUGUCCCAAGUUCAACAGCUGCUACGGAACGUACUCGGAGUCUUUGUCGGCCUGAGUGUCGAUGAGAAAGCCGAGUUGGUGAACUAUCUUGUACCUGAAAUCGAAUCAACCUUAUUUGUAUUGACCGCUGUGAUAGAGGAAAUCAAAAACUCAUUGGAAAUCAUGUGUAAGGACCUUAAGUGUUCCCACUUGGAUCUCCCCCUACAACAACAGCAGGCAGACGAUGCGAUUGUCAUGCAAUUGCAGAUAGCGGACGGAGGUGAACCCUCGCCACGUCCUCGUCGCGGUGCUCCCGUGGGUCUAACGCUCUAUGACAACCUCACGGACAAGCAGCGCCUGAGUUCGGCGGAGAAUGACCUGAAGUUCGUGCUGUACAUGUACGAGGUACGGAAAAUGCGCGACAUCUACGGCCGGAUUGUGGCGGCCCUUGAAAUAAUCAAGGACAAGAAGAGUACAUUCUGUGAAAUGGAUUUUCUGAGCAAAAGCAGCACAAUCAACCAGAACCUCGAACAACUGAUUAUGGACAUUCCCGCUUACAUCUUCAUCGUGGAGAACCUGUCCGAUCGGUUGGACGACAAACUGGGCUGGAAGGAGUUCAAGUUCUGUUUCAAACUGGCCACCAGUCAGAUAAAUGGCGUGAUUGCAAAACUGUUAGAUCACAAGGAUGCCCUGCGAGAUGCCAUUAGUCAGAUAUGUUUGCUGGUUCGCAAACAGGAGUUCACACAGUCCGUAAUCGAGCUGGGCUUGUUGGAGGACUCCAGUCUGCUGUCUAGCAAUUUAAAAAUGGCCGAUCAUGAGAACAACCUGAAUCAGGGGCUAAGCGAUAGGGAGGAGAUGUAUCUGGAUCGCAAACAAUAUUACGAUUACAAUAGCAUUAAGUUAAAUCUCAUUCGACAUCUCUGUGAGCCACCCAUUGCGGCCAGUAGCAAUCUGUCGAAGAAUGCCCUACGCCUGCUGCACUCCACCCAACUGGCCGACAUGGAGUUCGAGGUGCACACCCAUGCCGCUGGCAAGGCGGAGCAGGCCGCCAGUGGAGAUUCGGCGGCGAGAGUCCUUCAGGUGCACAGCUUCAAGGCGCAUCGCGUGAUAGUCGCCGCCCGCUGCGAGUGGUUCAAAAAGGCCCUGAUGUCGGGCAUGCAGGAGUCCAUCAAUCGAAAGGUCAUCAUCACGGACACCUCGCCCGUGAUCUUUCGACGCCUGCUGCUCUACCUCUACGGAGCACCCAUCGAUCGUACAGUUGGCGCCGAACAGGUGUGCGAGCUAAUGCUCUUGGCCGAUCGUUACUCCAUAGAUGAUCUUAAGGAAUUGUGCGAAAAUACCCUAUACUCUUUAAUCGACGAGGACUCCGUGGUCUGCCUGCUGGGCAUUGCGGAUCGCUAUAUGGCCACGGCCCUGAAGUCCAAAUGUCUUUCCUUUCUCUCGCAACAUGCGCAACUGACCAAGUGUGAAAUAUUCAAGGAAUUGCCCCAGACACUUCAGCUAGAGGUUAUGGAUUUGAUACAUUGGUUUGGACGUGUCUCCGAACCGUGGAACGAUUCAAGGGGCUUCAAGCCGCGCAGCAGCUCGCGCCACAGCCUCAAGAGUCCUUCGAAGCCGCGCUCGCGAUCCCGCAAGUCCUCGCCCUCCUACAUGUGACGCCGACAAAGCGCCAUUGAACACACGAAUGCCAACUUCUUGUGAUAAUUUUAGAAGACUUCGCAAUCCAGAACCGGAUAAAAUAGUCAAUAAGGAGCAGGGAACGGAGGAGAGCAUGGAGCAUGGAGCAUGGAGCAUGGUACGAUAGGCCAGGGCAAGGGCAAAGGCAAAGGCAAAGGCAAUAGGACGAUAGCGAGGAGGAUGAGAAAGAUGAUGAGGAUAUUGUCGAAAUCAGUUACAGGAAUGACCGGGACUCUAGCUCUCGUCUCUGCCUUGGAGCAGAACGACUAACCACAAUAUCAAGCCAAAUAGCAAAAGGCAAACAUGACCUGAUUUUAAUGAGUUUUACUUAGUUCACUAGUAGAUAGAUAGGAAUUCGGCGUGCAUGACUUACAUACAUUUAAAUUUCACUCUAAUUAAUUGAUUUAUGUAGGAAACCUGUUUCCCCAAGACAACUGUGGGUGUUAGAAUUAAACUUGAAUACUUUGGUAUUAUACAUAUACGGACAACUAAAAUCGCAACUCAAAAGAUCGAAUAGAUUUAGACAAAAAGGAUAGUAACAAACAAUUGGCAGUUACGUUAUGUAAAUACACAAACGAUUAGUAUAGAAAGGCGUUUCGCAAAACCACUCAUUUAUUUUCACGUUUUUCAUUUUGUGGUCGGUCCACUUGUGAGGUAGGUUAGUUGUACACUUGUAGUCUGACGGGUAGGUAGAAUUUAGUCCUUUGGAAAAGCCAAAAGGAAUAAUUGUUUUGUAUUGGGCGAACGCAUAGUAAACAACGAAACUUCGGUCCACCGAAGAUUAUGUGCUACACUCUAUUGUAAACUAACUAGUGUAUUUUGACAUAUAGAAACAUAUUCAAUUUAACAUUAGACUAUUAACCGCGAGACCUAUCCCCACAUAGUCUUAUGGGUUAGGGGCGGAUUUUAAGUAACGACAGCAGCGUAUUUUUUCAUUCGUUUUGAAAGCGUAUCAAAUUAACAAAAUAUAUGUACAAAUAUGAUGUGUAAAUUAUAUUAUUGUACUAAUUCAAUACAUUUCUUGUUGUCUUUUUAAAACAUA